UAGGAGCUGACAGGCCCCAUUCACUGCAGAAACAGAUGUUGUUUGGAUCAGAGCUCAAACCAGUUUGAAAGAAAGAAAGUGAAACUCAGACAGUCGUUGUCACUGAGAGGUGAAAUGGCGCAGAGAGGAAUUCAACUGGACCAGGAAACUUUCUCUUGUUCCAUCUGUCUGGAUCUACUGAAGGAUCCGGUGACUAUUCCCUGUGGACACAGCUACUGCAUGAGCUGUAUUAAGAGACACUGGGAUGAAGAGGGUGGAAGAAAAAUCCACAGCUGUCCUCAGUGUAGGAAGGACUUCAUACCGAGACCUGACCUGGUGAAAAACACCAUGUUAGCAGAUUUAGUGGAGGAGCUGAAGAAGACUGGACUCCAAGCUGCUCCUGCUGAUCACUGCUAUGCUGGACCUGAAGAUGUGGCCUGUGAUUUGUGCACUGGGAGGAAACUGAAAGCUGUCAAAUCCUGUUUGGUGUGUCUGGUCUCUUACUGUGAGAAACACCUCCAGCCUCACUAUGAAUCCCUGGCCUUUGAAAAACACGAGCUGGUGGAGCCCUCUGAGAAGCUCCAGGAGAACAUCUGCUCUCGUCAUGAUGAGGUGAUGAAGAUGUUCUGCCGCACUGAUCAGCAGUGUAUCUGUCAUCUCUGCUCUGUGAAUGAACAUAAAGGCCACGACACAGUCUCAGCUGCAGCAGAAAGGACUGAGAGGCAGAGAGAGCUGGAGCUGAGUCGACAACAAAUCCAGCAGAGAAUCCAGGACAGAGAGAAAGAUGUGGAGCUGCUUCAACAGCAGCUGGAGGCUAUCAAUGGCUCUGCUGAUAAAGCAGUGGAGGACAGUGAGAAGAUCUUCACUCAGCUGAUCCGUCUCAUGGAGAAAAGAAGGUCUGAUGUGAAGCAGCAGAUCAGAUCCCAGCAGGAAAGUGAAGUGAGUGGAGUCAAAGAGCUUCAGGAGAAGCUGGAGCAGGAGAUCACUGAGCUGAAGAGGAAAGAUGCUGAGCUGAACAAGCUCUCACACACACAGGAUCACACCCACUUUCUACACAACUACCCCUCACUGUCACCACUCAGUCAAUCUACACACUCAUCCAGCAUCAAUAUCCGUCCUCUCAGGUACUUUGAGGAUGUGACAGCAGCUGUGUCAGAGCUCAGAGAUAAACUACAGGACAUUCUGACAGAGAAAUGGACAAACAUCUCACUGACAGUGACUGAGGCCAAGACCAGAGCUGGAUUCUUAAAAUAUUCACAGGAAAUCACACUGGAUCCAAACACAGCAAACACAUGGCUGUUAUUAUCUGAGGGAAACAGAAAAGUAAGAUUUAUGGGAGAAGAACAGUCUUAUUCUAGUCACCCAGACAGAUUCACUGAAUGUUGGUUUCAGGUCCUGAGCAGAGAGAGUCUGACUGGACGUUGUUACUGGGAGGUGGAGUGGAGAGGAAGAGGAGGAAGAGGAGGAAUUUAUGUAGCAGUCGCAUACAAGAAUAUCAGCAGAGCAGGGAGAUCUGACAAAUGCGUAUUUGGCUACAAUGACAAAUCUUGGGCGUUAGAUUGUUCCCAAAACGGUUUUUCAUUCUUUUACAACAACAUCCAAACUCCAAUCUCAGGUCCUCUGUCCUCCAGAGUAGGAGUGUACCUGGAUCACAGUGCAGGUAUUCUGUCCUUCUACAGCGUCUCUGAAACCAUGACUCUCCUCCACAGAGUCCACACCACAUUCACUCAGCCUCUCUAUGCUGGACUUCGACUUGGCUGUUAUGGAGCCACAGCUGAGUUGUGUAAACUUAAAUAGAUGAAAGUCAUUGAAGGUGCAGUUUGUUAAAAUGUGUAUUUUAGUUGUUGAAGUGAUUUUGUGUCAUUUUAUUUUGGUGAGCCAUUUUAGCUCUGUAUUCACUCUCUGUAUAAGCUGAUAGAUAGAUAAAGAGCAGCCUUUAUAUUUCAUGCAGUGUGAAGCAAUGCUGGAGUUCUGGACUGAAUCAGAGAUGAUUACAGACACUUGUGUGUGUGUUGUAUGUUCACAUAAAUUUAUAAGAAAUUCUAAAUGUGAUGCUAAUAACUUAUAAUGGUGUUUAUCAUGUUAUCUGCCAGGACCAAGCAAGAGUAUUACGGAAAAACUGUAUUUUCUUUAAAUAAUGGAGAAUUUUCAGGAUUAAUGCUGCUCCAGGAUCAGUGGACUCAGUGGUGAGUCUGUUAGGACAGAUGAGCUGGGUCACAUUGUGGUGUACACAGGCCAAACUUUGGAGGAUGAGGCAUCUACCACGAGGUCAGCCAGGUUUCUUUGUUCAGAAAGAGUGCUCUGGGUGAGCUGGCUUCCUUUACAGCUUCUACACAAUGUUUGGGUGGAGUAAGGCUCUAAUGUUGCAUGUGAUCGUUCACAUAUUGUUAUGAUCAGCCCCCGAAGAGGCUGGAAUCUGGAGUCUUCAAUGUUUUGAACUCAUAGUGGACAUUUUGAAAUCUUGGUGGACUUUUUGUUAAACUCUUUAUAGCCUCCUUUGGAGCCUUGUUAAAUUUCUUGAGUUUUGAUUUAGUUCCUGUUUAAGUUGAGGUUAUGUUACACUUGUUUGGAUUUCUUGAGUUUGGUUUGGUAUUUCUUGUGUGUAGUUCGAGACCAUUCUUGUGGCGUAACUUUUUCUGUUUGUUAGUACUUCCUGUUUUAUUUUGAAGCCCUAGCCCCUGUGUAUCUUUCCUCAUCUACUUCCUGUCUUUGUCUGGUUUCCCUCCUUUUUUGAUUGUCGGCCCCGCCCUGAUUGGUGUCUCCUGUCUAUAUAAAUCUCCUUGUUCACCUGUGUCCUUUCCAGUUUGUUUGUUGUGCUUCCUGUCAGUGUCUGUCCUGUCCCCUGCCUGCUUUACCUCCUGGACUUGUCCUCUGUUCCUUUUGAAUUGUCUUCUGUUGGAUUACCUCUAGUAAGGACUUUUCAGUGUUUGGUGUGGUGUUAGAUUUUCUACGUGUUGGAUGAUUCUUAGUUCAGUGUUGUUCCCUGACUCCUGGACUCUAUCCGCUGAUGUUGUGUUCAAACAGAAGGACCAUAUUUUCACCUGUGCCGCCUCUUUAAGAGCGUCGGGGGAUGGUUUAGGCUGCUGCACUGUUUGUCCCUGCGGGCUUUCUGUAGUUCAGACUUUUAGCGUUCAUCAAAGUUCUCGCGGUUCAUUUCCUUCCUGCUGUACCUGGAAGGGACAGAAGUCUGAGUAAUAUAAUGUGUGAGUUACCUGUGUGACUUACCUGUCACGGUGUCCCGCUUUGGUGUAUCGUUAGUAUGUAAAAGUUAAUAUCGCGACCAAUGCUAAUGCGCUAGCCUGUCAAUGGAAUUCUCCAUAUUAUGUUAGCAUCGAGCUAAUCGCUACUUACCACGUAUUUUGUGUGGCGUAAAUAUUUUCGGUUUAUGUUUGUGUUGUGUUUAUGAAUGUCCAAGAAACAGACAAAACGAAGUCUCACACACAUUUUCUUUAUUAUUUUUUAUAUUCCAGUUUCACAGAUGUUAAGUAAAGCAUCAAAACUUACCUGAAGACUGCGAUGUUUUGAGAAACUGUUUAUCUGCCAAGUUUGAAGUCAGCUGCAUUCUUACAAGGGCAGAGUGUCACACAGCUGUUUGACUUGGGGCUACUCCUCUCCUGUGUUUGUAGCAACACAUUUAACUGAUAUUCAUUUAUGUCUUUAAUGCUUGUAGAACCACACGUAUGGUCAACCAUACUUCCUGUCUGAAAGUAUUAAAUGUGCACACUGUGUGAAGUUGGCAAUAAAGUUGACUGAAGACAAAUCCAUCUCAGGAGCGUCCUUACCCAUGUCCCACAGCGACUCCACUGACUGAAAACACCCCACAUGU